AGCGAACAGCAUUUUCAAUGGGGGAGAAUUUGAUAGUUUAACUCGUGCAGGCGUCUGAAGAAAGAGACGUUUGGCUGGACAUGACUGUUGAAUAAUUUCAAACAUCAGAGGAGCUAAACCACGAUUAUCGAUGAGUCAUCAUCAAAGUUUAAUCAAACGCUCAGGCAACUUCCUUGGACUUUUAAAAGCAUUCACCCAGCACUAGAACAUCUGGAUCCACGAAAGCAUACUGACAAGAUGGGUGUGACCGUUGAUGACAUUGCGUUCCGCUCCAACAUCCCAGCUGCGGCAGAUCUAACCGUGGCCGUAGUGUACGCUGUGUUUGGAAUCUGUUCUCUGCUCGGCAACAGCAUGCUGCUCUACGUCUCCUACAAGAAGAAACACCUGCUGAAGCCUGCAGAGUUUUUCAUCGUUAACCUGGCCGUCAGCGAUAUGGGCCUUACCCUGUCCCUCUACCCCAUGGCUAUCACCUCCAGCUUCUACCACAGAUGGCUGUUUGGGAAGACAGUGUGUUUGAUCUACGCUUUCUGCGGCGUGCUGUUUGGGAUCUGCAGUCUGACCACUCUCACUUUGCUGAGCAUGGUGUGUUUUGUGAAAGUAUGCUGUCCCCACUACGGUAACCGGUUUAACCCAGUUCACGGCCGCCUGCUGGUAGCCUGUGCCUGGGUCUAUGCCCUGUUCUUCGCCUGCUCCCCUCUGGCCCGCUGGGGCGCGUACGGACCCGAGCCCUACGGUACCGCCUGCUGCAUCGACUGGCAUGUGUCCAACCGGCAGUACAUGGCUCGCUCCUACACGCUGGCGCUCUUUGUCUUCUGCUACAUUCUGCCCUGCUGUGUCAUUGUGGCGUCCUACACUGGCAUCCUGGUCACAGUGCGAGCAUCCCAGAAGGCCUUAGAGCAGCAUGUAUCCAGGCGAACGCACGUGAGCAACCUCCAGACCAUCAUUGUGAAGCUCAGCGUGGCCGUGUGCAUCGGCUUCUUUGCCGCGUGGAGCCCCUACGCCGUCGUGUCCAUGUGGGCAGCGUUUGGCCACAUCGAGAACAUCCCGCCCCUGGCGUUCGCCAUCCCCGCCAUGUUUGCCAAGUCCUCCACCAUCUACAACCCCAUCAUCUACCUCUUGCUCAGACCCCACUUCCGCCGGGUGAUGUGCAGGGACCUGGGGAGUCUCCGGCGGGCCUGCAUGCAGCGCUGCUUUUGCUCCCAGGGGCCCGAGAGGGUGUGCCCCUCCAAGCCUGUGGCGCGCCUCAGCCUCCGGACACUGGGCCUUCGCACGGGCCAGUCUUGCUCCGCCGACUCCUCCGCCCACGCUGCCCUGGCUGGCUCGAAAGGCUGCUGCAGGCCCUGCAACAAGUGCGCCGACGCUUUCGAGUGCUUCAGGCACUACCCCAGGGUGUGCUGCGGCGCCAGCCCGCCGGGGAACGUCAUCCCCCUCCAGGACCAGACGGCCCUGGACAGCCCCCGGCCUCCAAGGCAGGCCGGGAAGAAACCACUGCAGCGAGACUGUCACAAGAAGUCGCUGUGCGCCACUAUGCGUGGCAAAAGGACUUCUGAGAUCGACAAACUCCAGAUCAAUUUGGAGAUGGUGCCGGGACAUGCCAAGAUAGCUUGGCCUUAGUAAUGUUAUACAUUCGCUUUUUUAUUUCUAUUUUUGACAUCACUGAAAGCAUUUUGAAAAUAUUUUUCACAGUGUAAUAUUUAUUAUAUUCAUUCCAGAUAUGUAUUUAUUUAUAAUGUAUACAACCAGUGACUCAUUACUGGAAAUGACUUAGUAAAACCUGAGCUUCACCUCAGGGAAUCCCAGGGUCUAGAGCCAGUGUGGAACCAUGCAGACACAAACACACAGACAUUCUCAGCCUUCUUUUGACAGGGUGGGGAGUCAGGCUGUGACACAUACGUAACUCCUCGUCAGGUCACAUGGGACAACUCUGGGCCAAUCGCUAUAGCAAUAUCAAUUGUUGAAGAUGACAGUUGAACAGCAACUCCCUUGAAGCACUGUAAUCCCAAUUCAAUCAUUGUUUAAAAGUUGUUGGUGAAAAGGUACAGGCUAGUAUAUAGACAGUAUAUAGACACUAAAUAGUAUAUACUAUAAAGGGGAUGGUUUAAUGCUACAGGAUAGAAAUACAAGGUUGUGCACAUUUGUACGGAAUACCAGACAGGGUUGGGUCCAAGCGCAGAGCGCAGAUUUAAUUAGAAUGGUCAGACAGGAAAUGAUCGGUACACGGGUAGACAGGGCAAUACAGGUGAUCCAAAACGGAGAAUAUGAAAACUAGCCAAGGUCAAGAACAGAACACAGAUUUUAACAAGGCUCGGACUGAACUAGAAACAAGAUCAAAACUUUGCACCGGACAAAACACAAACAGACAUUUAAAUACUAAAACCCUAAAUGAGACACAGGUGCAGCUGAUUGUCCUAAUAUUCUGGGGAUGCCGAGCGCAACAGCCAAUGACCAGCUGCAGAAGUCUCUGGCGUUACAACAUUAUGGAAUAAUGAGUUGGUUCAAGAUCAAGACGUUGGAGUAAAAACAGACAGAGUUAUUACCAAA